AUGUUCUCCCAAGGGGGAAGAGAAAUCCUCCUCAAAUCAGUGGCUUUAGCAAUCCCCUCCUAUGCUAUGAGUUGCUUGAAACUUUCCUCCACAUUAUGCACUGAAAUUGAAAGGAUGAUGAGUAGAUUUUGGUGGGACCAAAGAAAGGAGGAACGAAAAAUUCAUUGGCAAUCCUGGAAUACCAUGUGUACAUUGAAAUCCAUGGGGGCUCGUUACUUCCCUAAAGUUAACAUUCUUAAAGCAUCUAUUAGAAGUAACCCCUCUUAUGCUUGGUGUGGAAUCUGGAAGGCUAAAAAUCUACUGAUACAAGGGAGAAGAUGGGUUGUUGGUGAUGGUCACACUAUACACAUUCUAAAUGAUAACUGGAUCCCGGGAGUGAAAAAUCUAAGCAGGGACUUGGUAAAUGAUUUACAACAUCACAAUCAACAACUUGAAAGUCCAGUGGCUUCAUUGAUUGAUCUGAACUUGAAGUGGUGGAACCUGACUAAACUUAGGGCUCUAUUCAAUCCAAAAAUUGUGGAGGCAAUACUGAAAUUACAUCCAAGCCCUUUGGGAGAAAAAGAUUUCUGGUUAUGGGAACAUGAAAAAAUCGGACUUUAUUUUGUUAGUAGUGCAUAUAGAUUCUUCAAGAAUUGUCUAACUCCAGACCGUGGAAACUCUUCAAAUACAACUAAGAAAAAAAAAUGGGAUACUAUAUGGCGUCUAUAG